AAAUUGUAAACGAUUAUAGUAACUUCGACGAGACAAUGUUGGUGCUUUUUUGCACGCCGUAAAUUACUAGAAUUGUUUACGGCGUUUUUUAAUUUACUUUUAUCGAUAAUUAUUAAAAUACAAUAAUUUGAUUGUCGAUUCAACGUAAAAAUGAACGCUGAAGUAUUAAGGAAAUCCCCUAACAAAAACAAUAAAGAAAACGAAAAUGGGGCCGAACCGUCGGCCCCUAUUUCAAAAAAGGGAAUCUUGACAUCAUUCCUUACCGGCAAAUCAAUGGAAAUACCAGAUUCCGACAUUUUGGGGCGGUGCCGGUUUGUAUCAGAGUUUGAGAAGCUGAACAGAAUUGGCGAAGGCACUUACGGAAUAGUUUACCGCGCCAAGGACACAAUUUCCGAUAAAAUCGUGGCUCUUAAAAAAGUCCGCAUGGACUUGGAGCGGGACGGGAUUCCCGUCAGCAGUUUGCGCGAAAUUCAGGUUCUCCUGAAAUGCCGUCACGAAAAUAUCGUGCAUUUGAAGGAGGUUGUUGUGGGGCGCAGCUUGGAGAGCAUUUUUCUGGCUAUGGAGUAUUGCGAGCAAGACCUUGCCUCGCUGUUGGAUAACAUGCAAGCCCCCUUUACUGAGUCCCAAGUGAAGUGUAUCAUGCUGCAAGUGUUGAGAGGACUGCGGUAUUUGCACCACAAUUUUGUCGUGCACCGCGAUUUGAAAGUCUCCAAUUUGCUGAUGACGGAUAAGGGCUGCGUUAAAAUCGCCGAUUUUGGUUUAGCGCGCUGGUUUGGGGUUCCCUUGCGUCCCAUGACCCCGCAUGUGGUCACGCUGUGGUACAGGGCCCCAGAGUUGCUCCUGCAAGCGCCCACGCAGACUACGAGUGUUGAUAUGUGGGCUGCGGGUUGUAUUUUAGGGGAGCUUCUGGGCCAUAAACCUUUGCUACCUGGAAGGUCUGAAAUACAGCAGCUUGAACUUAUUGUGGACUUGCUUGGUACCCCAUCUGAUGCGAUUUGGCCUGGAUUUAGUGAAUUACCAGCACUGGAAAAUUUUUCUCUGAAACAGCAGCCUUACAAUAACUUAAAACAGAGAUUUCCGUGGCUGUCUGCUGCUGGUUUGAGACUAUUAAACUUUUUGUUUAUGUAUGAUCCACGUAAGCGCGCUACUGCUGAAGAAUGUUUACAAAGUAGUUAUUUCAAGGAACCUCCACUACCUUGUGACCCAAAAUUGAUGCCAACAUUCCCCCAACACAGGAAUAUUAAAGGCGGUAAGACAUCGGCGCCUUCAGAUAGUGCAAACACUGGAGCUGGUGACCAAACUAAUAAUUUGCCGGCUAUAUCAGAUUUGUUGGGUUCGCUUGUGAAGAAGAGGCGUAUUGAAUAAAGGGGUCAAUUUUUGAUAAACAAAUGUUGUGUUUUGUGUGCUAUGAUAAUGUAGAUUGUGUUUAUUAAUUAUUCAUACACAAAUAAACGUAUUUUUUAAGUGAAA